AUGAGCUGCUUCCUCGCGAGCCUCCUGGUCCUGGGGAAGCACAUGGCGACGGAGCACGUGCUGCGGCGCAGGGUGCUUGGGCACUUCCGCGCGGCGUGCCGCUUCCCGCCUGCGGUGGCCGCCCUGGGCGCCGUCCUCGGGGGGCGCCACAGGCAGCUACAGGAGGCCGACAAGGGCGCGCUCGCCUGCGCUGCCUUCAAGGUCUUCCGCGCCGCAGCGCCCGCAGAGGUCGGCGACGGCCGCGUCUUCGAGCAGUCCAGGAUCCUGUUCUCGAUGCUGGUGGGCCACUCUGCGAGCGGGGACGGCGAGGGCGAGCUCUGGAGGUCCGUGCGCCUUCCCGCUGGGGGUGCGGAGGCCGAGGAUGAGGAGGAGGAGGAGGAGAACGCGUGGCUGGACGCCGAGGAGCGAGGAGCUGCUGCGGAGUCUGGCGCUGGCUGCGAAGAGGUGGUCGGCUCCGCGUGGCUGGCCCGCCGGGCACCCUGGCUCCGGGCGGCGUGGCCCAACUGCGACGAGGUGUCCUUGUGGGUCGGCCCCGCGGGAGAGCCCGCCGCCGGGGCGCACGCGCGCUCGUGCCGGUACCCGUGGACCACGUUGCGCUCGGAGUGCGGCAAGGACGACGCCGUCCCGCUGAAGCUCGUUGCCACGCUCUCCCUGAUGCACGCUGCCCCGCCUUGCCUCACCCGGGGCGCGGGCGGUCGCGUGGUCGUCUUCAGGGGCAUGCCGCCCUGCUCGGUGGGGGAGGUCCUCCUCUUCGACCCCCUCACUGGUGAGGAGCGCGGGGUGGACCCGCAUAAGCACGCGCAGGAGCUCGGCCGCCUCCCUGGCUGCGAGGACGAGGAGGACGUCGACGCGCGCGGCGGGCUUCCGGCCAAGGAGGCGGUGAUCGUCUGCCUCGACACCUCCAAGUCCAUGUGUCAGGACACCGGCUUCCCCGAAGAAGGAGAUGAGGCAGCGCAGGAGGACCACCAGGGUCCCAGCGUGGAGGAAAACGGCUGGGACGAGACGCCUCCCGAGGACGACUCGCCGACGGCGCUUCUUGAGGCCCUCCGACGCUUGAGUGCCCACCCGAAUCUGGAGGACUUCCGCUGUGCGCUGAAGGCGGAAACGACGGCGGGGGGCCAGGAGACGCUGGCGCUGGUCCUGUUGCAGGCACGGUGGCGGAUUACGCGUGGAAGGGAUCAAGGGGCGCCAAGGCUGGGGGCAGAACGCCAUCCGGCUUUGCUCCCACCGCCGCGACGCCUUCGUGGAUGUCCUCCUUGGGCGAGGCCGCGGCUCCGCCCCGAGCGCAGGCCUGGACGCGAAUGGUCUGGAGGUGCCGGGCCACCUCCGUUGCCCGAUCACGCUGGACGUCAUGCAAGAUCCAGUGGUGGCCGAUGA